CCGGAAGUUCCGCUCUCCUCUAUUGCUAGCUUGAUGAUUUUCAGUCUGCUAAUUCACACUCAACUUCUUUGAAGAGGAAUGCAGCACUCGUAGCCCACUGUACUUGAAUCACAAGGUGUUAAUCCCAUCAUCAUCAUUCUGGUCAGCACACCAUGGCUGGCUUCAGGCAAGAGGAUGUCGAGCUUCAUUAUGAGAUGGGAGAGGAGCUGGGCAGCGGACAGUUCGCUAUCGUCCGUAAGUGCAAGGAGAAGAGCUCAGGUGACGAGUACGCAGCAAAGUUCAUCAAGAAACGGCGGCUGUCUUCCAGCCGGCGGGGUGUCAGCCGAGAGGAGAUCGAGCGCGAGGUCAACAUCCUGAGGGAGAUCCAACACAGCAACAUCAUCACGCUGCACGACAUUUUCGAAAACAAGACUGACGUGAUCCUGAUCCUGGAGCUGGUGUCCGGAGGAGAGCUGUUCGACUUCCUGGCGGAGAAGGAAUCUCUGACGGAGGAGGAGGCCACGCAGUUUCUUAAACAGAUCCUGGACGGCGUUCAGUAUCUUCACUCCAAACGCAUCGCUCACUUUGACCUCAAGCCUGAGAACAUCAUGCUGCUGGACAAGAACGUUCCAAACCCCAGAAUCAAGCUCAUCGACUUUGGGAUCGCUCAUCAGAUUAAAGCUGGAAACGAGUUCAAGAACAUCUUUGGAACACCGGAGUUUGUUGCACCAGAAAUAGUCAACUAUGAGCCGCUUGGACUGGAGGCAGACAUGUGGAGUAUCGGGGUUAUCACAUACAUCCUGCUGAGCGGGGCUUCACCUUUCCUGGGUGAGACCAAACAGGAGACCCUGACCAACAUUUCCGCUGUCAACUACGACUUUGAUGAAGAGUAUUUCAGCAACACCAGCGAGCUUGCCAAGGACUUCAUUCGCCGUCUGCUGGUCAAGGACCCAAAGAAGAGAAUGACUAUUGAUGACAGCCUACAGCAUCCCUGGAUUAAGGUGAUCAAGAGGAGAAAUGUCCGCCAAGAGGAGAGAGACCAUAAGACUGAGCGCCGCCGCCUGAAGACCACUCGUCUGAAGGAGUACACCAUCAAGUCCCACUCCAGCAUGCCACCCAACAACACUUAUGUCAACUUUGAGCGCUUCUCCCAAGUCCUGGAGGAGAUCGCCGCAGCAGAGGAGGGCCUGAGGGACCUGGAACGCAACCAGCGCUCAUGCCGGGAGGAUGUGGCGGCGCUGCUGUCCAUCUACGAGGAGAAGGAGGGCUGGUACAAGGAAGAGAACCACAGCAUCUCCAGCGACCUGAGCCACAUACGUCAGGAGCUGCAGCGCACUCAGACACAGCGCAAGAAGAGUCAGGAGGAGACCCGGCUCACCAUGCAGGCAGCAAGCAUCCUCAAGCGCAAGUUCGGGCGUCUGGAGAACCGCUACGAGGCCCUGGCUGAGCAGGUGGCCUCCGAGGUCCGCUGGGUGGAGGAGCUGGUCAAGUCCAUAUCCGUGGAGAAGGAUGUCCUCGGCUCAGGGAGCAUGCCGUAGGCAGGGCUGAGGUCCGACACUGACUGUAUGAUCCUUAAGUAUCCUCCUGCCCGUCUUCUCUGCACUGUGGAGUUUGAGUGGGUCAGUCGUCAUCAUAAGCUCCGCUGCUGCUGCUGCUGCCCAUCAGGAGAAACACUCCACUCUUUUUAUGUAACACUUCAGAGAACCAGCAAGACGCAGAGAGGUCAAAUGUUGAACCCAUUCCCUCCUGAAAAGGCUCAUUCCUGUGUUUUAUACAUGUAUUUAUGAUUUUACAGAUUUGACGUACUGUUAUUUCCCUCUUAUGCCUCAUCUUUAUUUAGAAGUGUAUCGGUCUUUUUGCAGUUUUCAGAAUUGCAGAUGGAACAUACAUUCAUUUCUUUUUCAUUAUUAAUAGCUUACUUUGGAAUUUGCUGAUGAAGCCAUACAUGUGUGCUCAUUUUCUCUUGCCUCAGGUUAUCAGCCAGCUAUGUGAGGAGUGCUCACCGUGCACAGUGUGUAGUGUGAGGUUCAUGUAGAGUUCAGGUUUAGUUAAUCAGACUGGACAUUUACAUUUUUUGUUCAUGUGUCGGGUAGGCGAUAAAGAAUGCAAUAAACCCUCAACUGAGAAAGAAGAAAGAUCAUAGAGAGAAGAUCAUGCUUUAUUUAACGGGUCUGGGAUUUCCCGGAAGUAAUCACAAAGUUGGUCCCAAUUUCAAAAAGUGGAGAAAGUUCGAACACUCAGUGGAAAGGUAAAGAAAUUCCCCCGUUCAGACUUGAAAAACUUUGCCUCUUAAGCUGAAUUUCAUUUACAGACUGCUACGUUUAUUUACUCUAAAGUCUUGAACUGAUAACUCUGUUUACAUUUAAUCACUACCAAACAACACGACCCUCGCCAAGAAGCUUCAGAGGAGUCUAAUGAAUCCCUGAUUCCAGACCUGUCAAAUAAAGCAGAUUGACCAGAUUCAGAAUGUAUAAACUCAUAUCUGCAGUGCCUGUAAACUGAUCGACCAUAUUGCCUCUGCGAGCAAUCAUCCGUCAUCGAGUUAAUGACAUUUCUAUCACAUUGAUAUCGCUAAAUGUCUUAAAUGCAACAAUUUUUUGCACAGUAGCCUUGUAAACCAAAUAGUGUGCAUGGAAACCUCUGUAAAGUGUAACCCUGUUAGUGUUUUUCACCCUGCACACGUAAGAACAUUCCAUCAAUCCGUUUCCCAUCCAGGCAAUACAUUCCCCAUGUACAGCAUAGAAAGUGUAUGAUAUAGUCAGCUGUAUUUUAAAGUAGAGAGAUGUACUCAAUUGCACUUAAAUGAUUGUAGCGAUGUUCCACAAUAUAUUUUACCCCAUCUCUUAGGUGUAACACAGAGCUGUAAAAUUGUUGGACUAGUUUCAAAUAAACAAAGUUAUCAAUGUAACAAA